GGAGCUUAUAUAUAGUGCCACAAGAGAUCUGGUCAACUAAUGCUUCUAUAAAAUUAUAGUAACCAACACUCCUCUUUCUAAUAACAUCCUCUGCAACCAUAUGGAACAACAAAGUCCACUUCUUUCUUGGCCUUAUUAUUUCCAAGGAAAGACAAUGGAGGAGCUAUCACAGUCCCUUUUAAUGACAACUUUGGAGCUAGAAACCACAAGGAUGAGAGCUCAAGAAGAGAUGAAACUAAGGGAUGAUCAGUUACUUCAACUCGCGGACAUGUUGGAACAAACCAUCAGAGACAGAGAUGAAGCUCAAGAGAAAUGCCAACAACUCUUAUUUGACAACCUACUACUCCAACAGCAACAAAUGCAGCCACAACAACACUUUCAUCCAAAAACUCAAAGAGCUCCACAUUCCGGAAUCUCAAGCCUCCAAGAUGAUCCAAGGAACGGAAACCUCUCUUCAUCAGACUGCGAAGAAAGCAUUGUUUCUUCAUCAAGUGAAGAGAAAGAUGAGGACUUUUACUUGCCAUUGCUCACCAAUAAACCAUUGCCUGAAAAUGGAAAAUUUUUACAAGCUGUGAUGAAAGCAGGGCCAUUGCUUAACACCAUUCUUCUUGCUGGACCUCUCCCAAACUGGCAACACCCUCCACCACCACUUGACAGUCAUCAGAUUCCCCUGCCUCCGGUCAUCGUCCCGCAACCAUCAUUAGCACUACCAGAACAUCAUCAUGUCCACCACCAAGACUCUUUUGUGGAUGUUACUACUUCUAACAACAUUAGCAAGUUUGUUGUGAUUAACAAGAAAAGGAGCUUUAGUGAAGUCAUUGAUUCAUCCACAGAAACUAGGUGACAUUGUGGCUACAGUCUACAAAUUAGUGCAUGUAGUGAUAUCUUUGUAAUCUACAAAAAUUAAAACUACCCUUUUGUUUUUUAUGUUUAAAAGUAAUUUUAGAAAAGACUCAAGUCAGAAGUUAAGUGGUGUAAUACUGCAGAAAUAAGAGGAGUUUCCCUUUUUCUUAGUA